UUUAAAAAUUUAAAAAUAAAGAGGGGGUUCUUGUAUUGAUGCGGAGCCUAAACCAAGGCAGAGGAGGCCGGGAAGGCUUCCCAAGGCCUUCAGCUCAAAGCAGGGAGGCCCAUAGUUAAACAGAAACAGUUCAGGAAUCACAGAAAGGCACCUGGGGAGAGAUGGGUGUGUGGAUCCAGAUGCAGGUGCCCAGACAGUGCGUCCCCAGGUGUACAGACAGACCCAGGCCAAGCUCCAGCUCAAAGAGCCAGCCUAGGGGGGUGCCGAGGUGGAGGGAGGCUGAGUCAGGCUGAGGCCGGGGAACAGUUGGGGUAGCCGAGGGAGGCAAGCAGCCUCCUGAGUCACCACGUGGUCCAGGUACGGGGCUGCCCAGGCCCAGAGACGGACACAAGCACUGGGGAAUUUAAGGGGCUAGGGGAGGGGCUGAGGAGGGUAGGCCCUCCCCCAAAUGAGGAUGGAACCCCCCCCAACUCCAGAACCCCCCUGCAGGCUGGCCAGAAUCCUUCCCCAUCUCAUUCACUCUGUCUCUCCUGCUCUCUGCCGUCUCCUAUUUUGAAUUUCCAACCCCGUCUGUUAAGACUGUCCUUCUGUCUCUGAAUCUCUGUCCCCUUCUCUUUCUGGGUCUCUGUCCCUCUCCCUCUGGGUCUCUGUCCCCCUCUCUGGGUCUCUGUCACUCUCUCUUUGCAUCUCCAGCUCUCACUUUGUCUCUGCACCUAGCUCUUCCCCACACCUCUGCAGAUCCCAAGCUGGGGAAUGCCAGUUCUGGCACCAACCUUCCUGCUCCCUGCUGGGGCCUCUGCUCCCCCAUCUCUCAGGAGUCGAAAGUGAGAAAGCAAGGUGGGCAGCUCUGCUCCAGGUCCAGGUAUCUCCCGCCCACCUCCUGCCCGUCCUCUAUCCCACCCCUCCUCUCCAUCUCUCCCUGGCGCUGCCAUCUCUCAUCUCUGCCUCCGUCUCCUCUGUCAUUGUCCCCAUCCCCUGUAGGUGCCCAUCCUUCCCGUCUCCCCUCUGCCAUCAGACUGCCUGUCCCAUCCUCUUUCUCCCACCAUGUCCAGUUCUCUUCCACAUCUCAUGCCCACACUGCCUUCAUCAUCAUCGCUGUUGUUCUGUGUGUGUUUGUGGUGAGUGCCGCAUGGUGGGGGCGUCUCGGCCUCUCUCCUCUCUCUCCACUGUUUUCUCUUUCUGUGUGUCUGUUUCCAUUCUAUCUCCACCUUCUUCCCUCCGUCUUUUGCUUUUCUAUCUCCACUUCUCCACACCCCUCUCUCCCUGCGUCUCUGUGUCUCCCUCUUCCUCUGUCUUGUUUUUUUCUUGUUUUUGUCUUGUUUUCUGCCUCUCCUGUUGCCUGUCACAUCCAACUUCCACCGGUUUCUCCAGCUCUCUCCUCAGUUCCUUCUCUCAUGAGCACACCUGCCUCUGUGCUCGUAUUCCUGGACUCCUCUCUCUCCACUGUCAUAUCUUCUCAUUCAUUUUCCCAGUCUCUCUCUCUCUCUCUCUCUCUCUCUCCCCCUCUCUGUCACUCUGUCUCUGUCUCUCUUUCUCUCUCUCUCUCUGUGUGUCUCUGUCUGGCUCUCUCUGUCUCUCCAUCUCUCUCUCUCUCCCCCCCGUCACCCUGUCUCUGUCUCUCUCUCUCUGUGUGUCUCUCUAUCUGGCUCUCUCUCCAUCUCUCUGUCUCUCUCUGUCUCUCUCUCUCUCUCUCUCUCUCUCUCUCUCUCUCCCUCUCUCUCUCCUCCCGUGACUCCCUCUCUCAGUGCCUCUCUUCCUCCCUCUCUCAGCCCCUUCGUGCCCUUUCCUCUGACACUCCCUACCCUGGUUUCCUGACUCCACCACUAGAUCCACCACCUCCAGCAACUGGGAACCUUCCCCUGCCCACCCUGCCCUGGGGUCCCCUCCCAGGAUUCCUUCUAGAUUAUAGCAUCUUCCCCGGGCGGGUUCUCAUGAACAAUUGUGGCUGCUUUUUUGGCCAGACAGGGGAGGGAGGGGAUGGAUUCAGGGAGUCCUGGAAUGGGAACUAGGCAAUAAAAAAAAAAAAAAUGUCAGAAGCAGGGCGGCGGGAGGUGGGGGCAGGGCCAGCUGUCCUUACCGGGGAUAAAAGGCUUUGCCAGCGUGACUAGGAAGAGAGACACCUCCCCUCCUUCCUUCAUCAAGACAUCAAGGAGGGACCUGUGCCCUGCUCCACAUCCUCCCACCUGCCGCCCGCAGAGCCUGCAGGCCCCGCCCCCCUGGUCUCUGGUCCCUACCUCUCUGCUGUGUCUUCAUGUCCCUGAGGGUCUUGGGCUCUGGGACCUGGCCCUCAGCCCCUAAAAUGUUCCUCCUGCUGACAGCACUUCAAGUCCUGGCUAUAGCCAUGACACAGAGCCAAGAGGAUGAGAACAAGAUAAUUGGUGGCUAUACGUGCACCCAGAGCUCCCAGCCGUGGCAGGCGGCCCUGCUGGCGGGUCCCAGGCGCCGCUUCCUCUGCGGAGGCGCCCUGCUUUCAGACCAGUGGGUCAUCACUGCUGCUCACUGCGGCCGCCCGAUCCUUCAGGUUGCCCUGGGCAAGCACAACCUGAGGAGGUGGGAGGCCACCCAGCAGGUGCUGCGCGUGGUUCGUCAGGUGACGCACCCCAACUACAACUCCCGGACCCACGACAACGACCUCAUGCUGCUGCGGCUACAGCAGCCCACACGGAUCGGGAGGGCAGUCAGGCCCAUUGAGGUCACCCAGGCCUGUGCCAGCCCCGGGACCUCCUGCCGAGUGUCAGGCUGGGGAACUAUAUCCAGCCCCAUCGCCAGGUACCCCGCCUCUCUGCAAUGCGUGAACAUCAACAUCUCCCCGGAUGAGGUGUGCCAGAAGGCCUAUCCUAGAACCAUCACGCCUGGCAUGGUCUGUGCAGGAGUUCCCCAGGGCGGGAAGGACUCUUGUCAGGGUGACUCUGGGGGACCCCUGGUGUGCAGAGGACAGCUCCAGGGCCUUGUGUCUUGGGGAAUGGAGCGCUGCGCCCUGCCUGGCUACCCCGGUGUCUACACCAACCUGUGCAAGUACCGAAGCUGGAUUGAGGAAACGAUGCGGGACAAAUGAUGGUCUUCAUGGUGGGAUGGACCUCGUCAGCUGCCCAGGCCCUCCUCUCUCUACUCAGGACCCAGAAGUCCAGGCCCCCAGCCCCUCCUCCCUCAGACCCAGGAGUCCAGGCCCCAGUCCCUCAUCCCUCAGACCCAGGAGUCCAGGCCCCAGUCCCUCCUCCCUCAGACCCAGGAGUCCAGGCCCCCAGCCUCUCCUCCCUCAGACCCAGGAGUCCAAGCCACAGCCCCUCCUCCCCCAGACCCAGGAGCCCAGGCCCCAGCCCCUCCUCCCUCAGACCCAGGAUCCCAGGCCCCAGCCCCUCCUCCCUCAGACCCAGGAGUCCAGGCCCCAGCUCCUCCUCCCUCACACCCAGGAGUCCAGGCCCAGCCCCUCCUCCCUCAGACCCAGGAGCCCCAGUCCCCAGCAUCCUGAUCUUUACUCCGGCUCUGAUCUCUCCUUUCCCAGAGCAGUUGCUUCAGGCGUUUUCUCCCCACCAUGCCCCCACCCUUGCUGUGUCACCAUCACUACUCAAGACCGGAGGCACAGAGGGCAUGAGCACGGACCCCUUAAACAGGCAUUGUAUUCCAAAGACGACAAUUUUUAACACGCUUAGUGUCUCUAAAAACCGAAUAAAUAAUGACAAUAAAAAUGGAAUCAUCCUAAAUUGUA